AAGUCACAUUGAAUGUAGAUAACAUAGAUGGAAUAUGUUUAUUCUUAUAAUAUACGCAGUCAGUGCCUACUUUUUAACGUUUCCUGUGGCAUUCACUGAGAAAUUAUAAAAAAUCCCUCAAUUUGCAAGUUUUUUUUUUUUUUAAAUAAUUGUGCUUAAAACAAACCAAAUAUGUCAAUAAUGCUUCUAAAAAUUAUUUUUGCAGACAACAUUUUAAGCUCUUGCAUUGACUCUUACAAGGUAAUUAAUAAAUAGUGUAGAAAACACUUUUAGGGAGCAGCGGAGCCCCCCACGAGUAUUAUAUUCUCUGAGGUGGGUCUCACUGUGCCGCACAUUGAAAAGCCGUGCGUUACGAUACUGUCAGUGUCAAUAAUCCAACAGAACGCUCCUCUGGCCGCUCUCUGGAUUUAGAUUAUAAAGGUCACAUAGGGAGGAGGGCAGGGGGUUUAUCUCAUCUCUUUGCACCCCCAGUCUGACCCACAUUCUUGCCUCUCAGAAGGCUGUACGUACGUAGUGGUGGCAGUUGUCCGAUCAACAGCCCAAUCCCUGCCAGAGCCCCAUGUUUUUACUUGCGAGCGUAAUCUUGGUCGCCGAAUGCAUCCAAGCAUGCUACGGCAACCACGUCGCUUGCAUCCAGCGUGUUAUGUCAGCCAUGUCAACGCAGUCAGGUCAUGUAAUCAUUUUCUGGAAAGGAAAGUACUAAGGACAGAGAGCGAAAAGCGUCUUCUAAAGCUUUCCCUGGCCUGCGGUGUCAGGAUUUGAAGUCAGGGCCAUUAUGGCGGCACAUGGAGAUGACGUCACAAGCUUUAUAAAUAGGUUUGCUCUAAUAUCUUUUCAUCAUGUGCUCAGGGGGGGAUGAAUUGGCUUCAUCCACUUUCCUGAGACUGAUGAACCUGGCGCAUGUGCUGCAGCUAACAUUUGGCAUUCUCCUCCGUAGUCACUGAGGACCAUCCACACUACAGCAAUGUUUGUUUUGGGAUAAAGUGGGAUACAAUCUGACAGAAAUACCCAGUGACAGUGUUUUAAAAUGUCCUAAAACCAUCGAUAUUCAAUGUUUGCAGCGCCAACAUAAUUUGACAAUAAUAGUUAUAAUAUAUUAUAAUAAUAAAAAAAAUUAUAAUCAUUUAUAAUAAUAAUAUAAUUAAUAAUAAUUAUAAUAUAUCAAGUCAAUUAUUUAAAACAUCAUUGAAUCCAUUACAAAUCACCGUACAGGAACAUUUGAAUAAUUAAAAGAAAAUAAUCAGUCAAAUUGUAAAUUAAUUACUAUAAAUUCCGGUGACAAUAUAACACAGCAACUUAACACUCAAAAGUAUACCUUAGAAAUAUAUAAACAUGUACCAAUAUGAGUUUAACAGCUCUUUUUAAAGUUUUCCCAUAAUGCAUUGCGUAUGAGCAAUGCCUUCAUAGGGCCGCUGCAAUGACGUCAGCCUCCCUCUGUUGGCAGAGGCAGCAUUUAUCAAUUUUCUAUGCUGCUUGUCCUCCAAUUAAAUACAUUAUACAAUACAAUACAUUACAUUAUGAAAUGCAUUAUGGGAAAAGUUUUUUAAUGUUUUUUUUCCCAUUUCAAACUCGUAUUGAUACAUGUUUGUAUAUUUAUUAGGUAUACAUUGCUAUGUGAUGAGUUUAGUGUUCUAUGUAAGAUGACACUGUGACUCAGAUCGUUAUCUUGAGUAAUGACAUCCUGCGAUUUUCAAUGGAUUAACAAGUUUGUUGUGAGUUUUUUUUUUUGUAGCCCAUGCUUGGCUCCUGUCAAAGAACUGCCUAAUCCUUACGGACUUGCAAUUAUCAACUGUAUCGUUACCCCAAGUAUGACAUUUACUAAGACGUCCCAGAAGUUUGGUCAGUGGGCCGACAGCAGAGCCAACACUGUCUACGGUCUGGGCUUUGCUACGGAGCAACAGCUACACCAGUUUUCAGAGAAGUUCAAAGAGGUGAAGGAUGCAGCUCGUCUGGCCAGAGAAAAGUCCCAAGAUAAAGAACUAGCCAACACCGCCCUCAACAUUGCUGCACCUCAGGACCUCUCCGAUGACCUCCAGUCUCCUCCAGUCAUGUGUGUUAACGGGCCAGAGGACAAGCUGUUCCGCAGUCAAAGUGCCGACAUCACGCUGUCCUCUGAGAAGGAGCGCAUCAAGAAGAUGCUCUCUGAGGGGUCUAUCUGCGAGAUGAACCUAGAGGCGGAGCUCUUCACGCUGCAGGACAGCAACUCCAAGUUAGUGGCGGCGUUGCACGAGGCCAACGCGAACGUGGAGCAGUGGAAGAAACAGCUGGUAGCGUAUCAGGAGGAGACAGAGAGGCUCAGAGAACAGGUGGCUGACCUGGAAGCCCAUGGGGGUCACGGCCCUAGUGACCUGCUGAAGGAUGAACUGACUCAGUCCCUAGAGGAGCUGGAGGCUCUUCUUAAGGCCAAAGACGAGGAAAUUCACAUUUUGCAAAGCAAAAAGUCAGAAUACCAUGACAUGGAACGUGAAAGAGAUCAAGCCAUACACAGAUUACGGGAAGUGGAGAUGCGUAAUUCCGAGUUGGAGCGACGCAUCCAGAACACGGAGCAAAACUUGAGCAACUCUCUGGACGAACGAGAUCGCUUGGACACUGAGCUUCAGAGGGCCAUCGAAAUUCUAGAUAUCAAGAUCUUUGACCUCAAUGACCUCCGCCAGAGCCUUGUGAAGCUCAUCGACAAAUAAUGCGAAUGGAGGAGGAGUAGGAAAAUGAAAAACGUGAAGAUGGAGCUGGACAAGGACUCACGAUAUUCUAGAUGUUGGCCUACGCAGCACUUACAUGUUUUUACCCAUCUGCGCUUUGUGUUGCUUAAAUGGGAAACAAUGCAAUAACUUCAAGGUAACUGCUUACUUACAAGUGCAACAUAUAGUAUAUACUUAGGACAACCGGUGCUUGUUUUACAUGUAGUACAAGUUUAGGAUCGAAGAAACUGCAUAUUUGUUAUUCUGACUGAUAAGAGGCCUUGUUUUACUGUAUUUAUGACCAAGGAACCGGUGGUGGUGGUGGUGGUGUCGCAUACGCAGUCAAAAUGAGACAUGAUGAACUGCCCUGUCAACACAAGCACACAUGAAUACUGCAUUAACAGCCUGAUUGUGUGCGUGUAGUGCUUCAUGCAUUAUGCAGCUGCAAUAAGACAGCAUGGUUGAAAUAAAUGAUCAAGGUCAAGUGGGUAGGGGAAAAUGGCUAUUGGUGAGGUAAGGGUGCCCAACUUAAACUAUGUGAAUGAAGACACCAAAGAGCAACAUUUUGAGAGUUUGAGCAGCCUGUAUGCCUCGUUAGCGCUAGAACUCACAUUAGGGUAAAUGCUAAAUUCAGAUAAGGGUCAUUAAGUGUUCUCCAAAUGACGUAAUCAAUAAGGCACAGUGCAGCUUAAGUUUAACUUGCUGAUAAGAAACAUACUUUAAAGCGCCCACCGCAUCUUCUUAGACCUCUGCUGUGAUGCUUUCAAGGACUUUAGGGAUACUUCAGGCCUUGUCUUCUGCAUGUUACCUCCAUCUGCGGACAAGGUCACAUGUGGGUCAACAGUGCAUCCAUUGAAGAGCAAGAUUGUCAACGAGUGUUUCUAAUAAACCAUGCAGCCUGUAUAGGUGAACAUUUCUAUCAAGCCUUACUGUUCUAUUUCAAGGAUGGUGGCGGAGCGUCAUGGCGGUUGUUUCUCACACGUUGUUACUGAGCUGUUGUCAUGAAAAAUAAAAGCCAAGA